AACUAAUCAACCAAUGAAGGGCCCUCAACCCGCAAUAACCGAGGCGAAAUGUAUUAGGCUAAUGUGUGGUACAUGAACUAUGAGUUCACGAACUGAGUUUCGCUUCCUGUGAUGCAGCAUGUUUUCUGAGUAAAUCGAAACCUUGCCGCGGAAGACUGCUCGUGUGGGCGGGCUGUAAAUCAAUGAUAUAAAUCCAGGUCGCCAAGGAUGUGAAAUCACACUUGAUUGCGAGGAACGCGCUGAAGUCCAGGUAUUGCUGAUAUGGUAUGUUGUAUAAGAUGUCAUCUGUGUUCACUAUAUUCACUGUAGCGGAGGUUUAACGAAAGUUUGCGUUUGUCGGUCUAUUGUAGCCUACACCUAUGUAUAAAUGUAUUCAUUUCAGUUGCAGGGUCCAAACAAUUAGCUGCUGAAAAAUGAGUGUUCCUGUCAGAAAAGGAAGGGGAAAAAAGUAAGUAGAAACACUUUUGGUACAUAGGUGAUCAUAGUAAUGUAGUUUAAGGAACAGUUUAGAUAUAUUAGUAUACAGUAUUCUACAAAUACAAAUGAAAUUGUAUGGUUCUAGCUUGUGGUGUACUCGGUUGCGCAAAAGUGUACAUACAGGGAAAAUCAUUUCUUUAGUGUUAUGGCAUUGUGUUCAAUGGGGAACUGAGCGUAACCAUGUGCAUGCAGCUGCACAUCUGUGGCAAAUCAGCCCAACCCUAACUGACUUUGCCUAUUCUGUAACUGUAAUUCUUCCACAUACCUUGGCAUUAUUGUUCACCGUGCCAUGAGACAGUUGAUUCUCUGACUUUAUUCUCGGAAUGUUUAGCAAUUUCUACAACUGCUGUCACCAGAGAAAUUUUUCAUAAUAUGGCUCUUGUGCUGCUCUAUCAAUUUAAAUAAACCUAUUUAAUCAACAUAAAGUUGGUAAAUACUGACCAACAUGCUUUCCCUCCACAAUACCUGGGGGACAUGGUGUGUCUCUUUGGAUGAAGUCAUCAUAAAUGUAAUAAUGCUUUUGAGCCAGUGCCAGUUAUAGUGUAGGUGCCAAUGAGGUACCAGGAGACCCUUUUAAUAAUUAUGCCUUGUGCAAAGCAUCUCUGUCUGAUCUACAGUGCAUAUUUUGAAUAGCAUUUUUUUUUAUUUAACAGUACAUUUAAUAAGAGGUUCGGGCAUUUUUUCAAGUGCUGAUAGAAGUACAAUAAUUAGAUAUUUAGUUGAUGCUUUUUAUUAUUAAGUAUGGUAUGUCUUCAGUCAGUGAAAAGUUGUUGAUAUGCAGAGCUCUUAUUCACUCAAUUGUUUUUUGUUUUGUUUUCAGAAACACAUUUGGUGCAACAUCUCCACCUUUUAUAGAUUACUUGAAAGAUAUCCUCAGGAGAUAUCCAGAUGGAGGACAAAUAUUAAAGGAGCUGAUACAGAAUGCAGAUGAUGCUGGCGCUUCAGAGGUGGUGUUCAUUCAUGAUGAGAGGGCCUAUGAGAAAGACAGCCUGUGGAGUGAAGACCUUGGAAAGUACCAAGGUCCUGCCCUCUAUGCUUUCAACAAUGCUGUCUUCACUGAAGAAGACUGGCAAGGCAUUCAGGCCACAGGAAGAAGUGUCAAGCGCGAUGAUCCAAACAGAGUGGGGAGGUUUGGGAUUGGAUUCAAUUCUGUCUAUCAUAUCACAGAUGUGCCAUGCAUAUUCAGUUCCAAAUACCUGGGGCUGCUGGACCCACAGGAGGAACUAUUUGGAGAAGGAGAGGGAGGUUUCAAAUGGUCUCUGGAUGAUGAUGAAGAGAGAAAAGAGCUUUUGACCUUGAGAGAUCAAUUUCAACCACUCCGAGACAUUGUUAAACAAGUCAGUAACAGUACCUGGGAGAAAACCAUAGAAGAGGAUCAGUAUUUUAAUGGGACCCUUUUUAGGUUUCCUUUGCGCUGUGAAUCCUCAGAGAUUUCUGACAACUUAUAUGACUCUGACAAAAUUGUUCAGCUUUUUGACAGUUUCAUUGCAGAUGCAGACAUUAGCCUUCUUUUCUUGAGACAUGUGUCUAAUGUCUCCCUGAUGCACAUUGAUACCUGUGGCUCUGUAGCCGUGAGACUUAAAGUAUCCCUGUCAAGCUCCCCAACAUGUUCAGAUUCAGGUGACACAGACACAGACCCCUCAGAGGGGUCAACCGUGUUUAAAAACAUUUCUUCUGCUUCACUCAGUGAUGGAGAGAGAAAUACCCAGUGGCUUGUAACAUCAUACUGCUUGAAGGAGGGAGAAGUGACAAAGAUUGACUCACUUGCUGAGAAGCUGUGCUAUCAGCCUAAAGUUGACUUGGCUUUCCCUUGUGAUCCAGAUUACUUAAUUUCUAAUGGACGACUGAGUUGUUUCCUUCCACUUCCAAAUAAUGAGUCAAACUGGACCGGGCUCCCAGUUCAAAUUAAUGCAUCUUUUGGCCUGACUGACAACCGGCGGCAUAUUAAAUGGCAGGAUGAGGACCAGAAGAAUGACGAAGCGGCACAAUGGAAUGAGCUUCUGAUGACUGACGUUCUUCCACACACAUACUUGAAGAUGAUUCUUGAUUCCAUUCAGUGUUGCAGGAACUCCAUCCUUCCCGCAACAUCAGUGUACCGCUUGUGGCCAGACAUUGUUCAAAUGGAACAUAAGGAGAAAUGGCACGGAAUAGCAAUGGAUGUUCUGAAACGUCUACUGGACGAAAAAGCUGUGUUCUCUCUUGCUAAAGAUGAAACAAUCUGGGUGACCCCAUUAGAUGCUGUAUUUCCAGCUAAUGACAUUGAGGUGCCAGUCUUAACAUCUGCUGUGGCCAGAGUUUUGAUGGCAGAGAAUGAGAAUCUUAUAUACAUUCCAGAGCAUGUAGUGAAUGAUGUGAAAUGUGUCUUUCCUGAGUCAGACGCUCUACAGUGGAUCACACCACGUUUUGUCAGGGAUGUUCUCCACAGAGGUGGAUUAGAGGAAGUCUCCCACAACGACAAGCUUUCCCUUCUGGAGUAUGUGCUCAGUGAUGGGAAUUACCAGGAGCUUGAGGGUCUGCAGCUCCUACCACUUUACAAUGGGAUCUUCAAAAAGUUCACAGACAGUGAUGAAUGCACUGCUUUGAUUGACAACAAAGAAUUUCCAAGAGAAUUGCUGCCAUUUUGCAAAGAAGCGUUUAUAUCUCAGGAAUUAAGCCCCAAGAGCCUUUGUCACCUGACGAUUCUUGCCACAAAAGAAACAUUCAAACUCAUCAACCUGGAUGCACAAAAUGUGGCUGAUUUAACCAAGAAACAUUUUCCACAUGAAUGGAAGAAUGGACAUGACCAUGUGAUAUGGGACAUAGGUAAUCCAGAGCAUCCUCCAAGGGGUUGGUUGAUAGAGUUCUGGAAAUAUCUGAGCUCCCACUGGGAGGAGUUAGGCCACUUUAUUAACAUGCCGUUGAUACCUGUGAAAUCACCUGAAAGUGAUUCCAAAUCUGUGUUGUUGGCAAGUCUACGGGAAAAGCCGACCCUGGUGUUUCAGCAAAGCAAACAUAACAGCCUGUCGGAAGAAAUUCAGAAUGUGGUGAAGAAGGUUGGGGGAACCGUCAUAAAAAGAGUUGAGUGUCUCAAACACCAUGACAUAGAAACCUUUGUACUUCCACCAUCUCCAAAAAGCCUGCUGAAGAUGUUCUUAAACCUGAGCAUGGAUCAGGUCAUCAGGGGAAUCCACUCAGCAUCUUGCCACUGA